AUGUUGACAUUGUUGAACAGAUGGAGAUCUCAGCCAGGAGGCGCUUCAAACGCAGCCGCAUUCAUUCGUGUUCUCGAGUCACCGAAAUCAGCAGUGACCGACAAAGUGCUCGUUCUCAAAGCAUUUAACGAUUGGGAUGUUCUUGUGAACACAUGGUUUGAGGUCGCUGACGCCCUUCCAGCUGUAGAGCAGCUCCUUGACAACAACACGUUCCCAGAGCAUUCAUCCGCUGCACUGCUCGUCUCCAAAGUUUAUUUCUGCUUGGAGCAGUAUGAACGUGCUUUGGAGUUUGCUCUUCGUGGUGAUUUCAACGUCGUUCCUGCUACAAGAACCGGUCUUGGAAACGACGCAGAAUAUGUUAACAAGAUCAUCGAGACGGCCAUUGACACGUACAAGACGCUGAGCAAGCAAGGAUCUGGAAUUCCUCAGAAACUCCGAGAUUUGAUCGACCGAAUUGUUGCUAGAAAUCUGGAUAAACGAGAGAUAUGGUUUGUCAUCUCGUUAGGAUUUGAGACGACCAAUCUGGCUAUGAUCGACAGGGCCAUUAGCGCGAUGCCUGCAGAUUUGACCAUCAAGAAUCAGACUACACUUGUCGAAACGCUCAACCGUGUUGUCAAUGGCGCGUUCGAUCGUUCAUUCCGAUUCCAAGUUAUCGAUACAGUCAUCAAGACGUACUUGAAGUGCCCAUCGCCGGACAUGUCCAAGAUUUGCGAGUGUUACGUGCUCACGGAUAACGCCGAGGCCGCUGCUGACACGAUUACGAGUUUGAUCGCGAAGUCUCUCAGCACUCGUGCAUAUCAGAUCGCAUUUGAUUUAUAUGAAACAGCGAGUCAAGGAUUCCUCGAUCGAGUUUUGAAACGUUUCCAACAGCAGGAUGCUCGUGAUGAGAAGUCGAUGGAAAAGAUUCAUUCAAUUCUCAAAGGUCAUGAAACUGUCAAGGCUUACCUCGACUUCUUUGUCCGUCAUAAUCACACUGAUUCUGUUCUAAUGGAAGAGAUCAAGGAGAACAUUCGAACAGCCUCUGCCCACAAUGCUCUUCUCAUCUCAAAUGGUCUUAUGCAAUAUGGAACUACUUGUGACGAUUUCCUCCGUAACAACUUGAACUGGGUUUCCAAAGCUACGAACUGGAACAAGUUCAAUGCGGUCGCUUCACUUGGACUCAUUCAUCACGGACAAGAAUCGUCUGCAAUGAAGGUACUUGAGCCAUAUUUGCCAAAGGAAUCUGUCGAAGGAUUUGGAUUUAAAGAGGGAGGAGCAAUGCUGGCAUAUGGAUUGAUUCACGCCAAACACGGAGAUGCAACUGCCAUGAGCACUCUGGCUCAGUGGCUCAAAACCGCCGAAAACGAGCCAGUGAGACACGGAGCUUGUCUUGGAUUUGGAGUUGCUGGACUUGGAUCGUCUUCUGUUUCGAAUUACGAGAAAGUUCGGGAAGUUCUCCAACGUGAUGAAGCAGUUUCCGGAGAAUCCGCAGGAAUCGCCAUGGGCCUUAUCAUGGCUGGACAUCUGAAUCAAGAGGUGUUCAAUGAGCUCAAGCAAUACACUGUUGACACACAGCAUGACAAAACUCAACGUGGUAUCCGAACUGGACUUGCCUGUGCCGCAUUCGGACUCCAAGGAGAUGCUGAGCCUUACAUCAAAGAAGCAAUCGGAGCUAAGAGCAAUCCAAUGCUCCGUUCCACUGGAAUCUGUAUGCUGUCGAUGGCUUACGCCGGAACCGGAUCUCCAGAUGUAGUACGCCGUCUUCUCGAGAAAGUAGCCACCGAUCCAAAUUUGGAUGUCAAGAGAUACGCUACAAUUGGUAUCGGAUUCGUUCUCUCCAAGGAUCCAUCAACCUGCUUAUCCUACGUGGCCAUGCUCACCGAACAUUUCAAUGGACAUGUCAGAUACGGAGCAGCUAUGGCACUGGGAAUUGCUUGUGCUGGAACAGGAAACAUGGAAGCUAUUGCUCUGAUUGAGCCAAUGAUUUCUGAUAAGGAAGGUUUCGUUCGUAAAGGAGCACUUCUUUCACUUGCUCUCAUCAUGUGCCAGCAGACAGACUACACUUGUCCCAAGGUGAACGGUUUCCGUAAGCAAUUGCUCAAAAAGAUCGGAGAGAAGAACGAGGACUCUCUUGUCAAAUUUGGAGCAAUUAUUGCUCAAGGACUUCUCGACAUCGGAGGGCAGAACGCUGCGGUCACAAUGCAAAAUUCUGACAAGCAGCCAGAUAUGGGAUCAAUGGUCGGAAUGAUGUGCUUCCUUCACGGAUGGUUCUGGCACUCGAUGCAUUUCUUCAUCGCCCUUGCUGCUAAGCCAUCAUGCCUUGUGAUGAUGAACGAGAAUCUGAAGAUUCCAGUACUUGACUACAUCUGCCAUGCCAAUAGUCAGAAGUUUGCCUAUCCACCACGAGCCGAAUCAAAGAAGGAUAAGGAUGUCAAAAAGAUUGAGACUGUUGUUCUGUCCAUCACCGGAAAGAAGAAUGCGUCAAAGAAGCUGAUCGCUGAGGAGAAAAAAAGACGAGAAGCUGCAGCUUCCGCUUCUAGUGCUGCUGCUGCCCCAUCAUCAUCGUCCACUUCAGGAACAGCACCAGCUGCUGAAGAUGAGAAAAUGGAGGUUGAUCAACCAGGAAAAUCCAAGUAAGUUUGGAAUGAGUGUCUAGGAAAAGUAGAAUUCGUUUUUUUUGUCAUAAAAAUUAAAAAACCAAGAUUUCCAAAUUAACUUACAAUUAUUUCAGGAAAGAAAAGGCUCCAGAAAAGGACACGAAGCCAUUGCACCGCCUACAGAAUCCAGCUCGUGUGAUUCCUGCUCAACGACAGCUAAUCUCGAUCAGUGACGCUCGAGCCUACAGUCCCAUGAAGCCACUUUACAAGGGUGGAAUUAUUGUGGCGGAUCGUGUUGAUAAGGAGAGAGAGGAGAAGCUUGUCAGUGAAGUCGUCACUCAGGUCAAUACUCCUGCGAGCUCUGGAAAUACCGAAAACAAACCCCAUUCGACGUUCGAGAUCAAUAUCAACGAUUUUUGAUCAAUUGCUGGAUCAUUCGAUCAACUCUAUCUCGCUCCCCCAAUCCCAUUCAAAACUUUUUUAAUUUAUUUUCCCCCUUCUACUCUAUUUAUGUUUGACUUCGAAU